AAAUGUGACCCUUACCUUCUCAACCCUAACAAACAAACAAUGUCCAAACUUUGGAAGUUGGAACAACAAACACAAUCUAAACAAAACUAAGACCUCUCAACGAACCAUACAUCAGCAUCAUCAACAAAAACGUCGUCCUUUUCUUCAGACAUAAAAUAACAAGAAAGAAACAAAGAACAACAGCCUCUCUUCUCCUCAAUCCAUGGCUGCUGUUCUGAUUCCCGGCUUCCUCCUCCUCAUGUGUUUCUCCAUCUCCCCUUCUUUGCAGCACGUGAGCGAAUCCGAACCGCUUGUUCGGUUCAAGAACUCGGUGAACAUAACAAAAGGGGACCUAAAUUCAUGGAGACCAGGAACAGAUCCUUGCGGUGGAAAAUGGUUCGGGAUCUAUUGCCAAAAGGGCCUGACUGUCUCAGGCAUUCACGUCACACGGCUCGGUCUCUCGGGAACCAUAACCGUCGAUGAUUUGAAGGCUCUCCCGAAUCUAAAGACCGUCAGGCUCGACAACAACCUCCUCUCGGGUCCUCUCCCGCAUUUCUUCAAACUCCGCGGCCUAAAAUCUCUCAUGCUCUCUAACAACAGCUUCUCCGGCGAGAUCCCUGACGAUUUCUUCAAGGACAUGACAAAGCUCAAGCGGCUGUUUCUUGAUCAUAACCAAUUCGUGGGGCCCAUCCCCUCCUCCAUCAUGCAGCUCCCUAAUCUGGAGGAGCUUCACAUGCAGGGUAAUCAGUUCUCCGGAGAGAUACCUCCAGAGACCAACAUGAACAAGAACCUGAAGGUCAUCGACCUCUCAAACAACAAACUCGAAGGAAGCAUCCCGGAGAGCCUCUCGGGUAGGAAAAAUCUCAUCAUGACCUUGACAGGGAACGAAAACUUGUGCGGGAAGGAGGUGAACGUUGAAUGUGAUAUUGUUGACUUAGAAAGCCCCGGUGAAGAUGAACCCAUACUGCCGCCGUCUCCGCCGUUCGGUGGAACAAACGCCUCGAACAGGACCACGGUGAACGCGAUCAUGUUGGCGAUCACGUUUCUCAUCUUGUUCUUUCUUAUCGUGGGGCUUAUAAGGAAGCGAAACAAGAGGAAAAACCCCCAGUUCCGGAUGCUCGACAAAGAACGCCUGAGCGACAUCGAUGACGUGGAAUUCAGGGCACCAGAAUCCACGACGGCGAAAAGGUCUACGGAAUCGAGCAAGAAGCGCGGCGGAAACGCGGACGGCGGUUCUACCAAGAAAGGCUCGUCUCAUAAUGGGAAAGGCGGAGGAGGAGGAGCAGGUGUAGGCGGAGCUGGGAUGGGUGACAUUAUAAUGGUGAACAGCGAGAAGGGCUCGUUCGGUUUGCCCGAUCUGAUGAAAGCUGCGGCGGAGGUGCUAGGCAAUGGCAGCCUUGGAUCAGCUUACAAGGCGGUGAUGACCAAUGGGUUAUCGGUUGUGGUGAAGCGGAUUAGGGAUAUGAAUAAACUCGCACGCGAGCCUUUCGAUGUCGAGAUGAGACGCUUAGGGAAACUCCGCCACCCUAACGUUCUUACCCCUUUAGCCUAUCACUACCGCCGCGAAGAGAAGCUCGUCGUCUCUGAAUAUAUGCCUAAAAGCAGCUUGCUUUUCGUUUUACACGGUGAUCGUGGGGUAUACCAUUCUGAGCUAACUUGGCCGACAAGAUUGAAGAUCAUCCAAGGGGUGGCGCAAGGAAUGCAGUUCUUGCACACGGAGUUUGCGUCCUACGAUCUCCCACACGGUAACCUCAAAUCCAGCAACGUUCUCCUCAGCGAGACCUACGAGCCUUUGAUCAGCGAUUACGCGUUCUUACCGUUUCUCCAGCCAGACAACGCAUCGCAGGCAAUGUUCGCUUUCAAGGCGCCCGAGUUCGCGCAGAACCAGCAGGUCUCGCACAAAUCAGACGUCUACUGCCUCGGAAUUUUAGUUCUUGAGAUCUUGACUGGGAAAUUUCCUUCUCAAUACCUAAACAACGGUAAAGGCGGGACAGAUAUUGUUGAGUGGGUGCAAUCUUCGGUCGCAGAGCAAAAAGAAGAAGAACUUAUCGACCCGGAGAUAGUUAACAACACUGAUUCGGUGCAGCAGAUGGUGGAACUGUUGCGGGUCGGGGCAGCUUGUAUCGCAAGCAAUCCAGAUGAGAGAUUAGACAUGAGGGAAACUGUUAGAAGAAUAGAACAAGUAAAAUCAUGAUGAGAUGCUUGAAACGCAAACGCGAUCGGAACAGUCAAACUCUAGAGAGAGAGGAGAAGCGUUCGGAAUCUGUAGAUAUAAUGCUAACGAGUUUGAAGCAACGAAAAAAAAAACAAAAUUGGGUACGUAAAUAGGAAAUACAUUUUUAUUUUUUUCUCAAGGUUGAAGUGAUCUUCAAAUCUUCGGGGGAAAAAAAAAACUAUACUUGUUAUAUUCCUUGUUCAAUGAGUAAAGCACAAAUUGUUCAUCAGAAAGAAACAAAAAUUUCAAUUUCACCCGUUUCUAUUUUUUUUUCUCUGAAAUUUAUGUAAAUCCCCCAAACAUUAUAGCACUUAUAUUUCUC